AUGUCAACAAUGCAAGAAUAUUUGAAUAAUUCUCUCAACGAACAAUCUAAAGCGAACAUGGUGGAAGACAAGAAACCAUCAUCCAACAUUCCAUAUAUGUUGUUCAUGUACCGGCAAGAUUUGAGACGUUUCAACAAGAGCUCUUUGAAACUUUCAAAUAGUAAACUAAAGUUAUCACAGGAAAUGGUGUCCUACUCCGUCGAUCACAUAACAGAAUAUAGUUUGGAGGAGUUAAUGAAUAUCAACAUUCAAAUCGAUUUCACGCGCAAUUUGAAAAGCAGCAUGGAAGAGAAGAAGCAGAUGCAGAAAUGCCGUACAAUUAAAAAUCAAAUGGUGGAUAGAAAAAGAGGAUGA